AUGGCCAUCAUCGACCAUUCGUCCUUCCCUACAAUCAUCGACGACAUCUUCGACUACACCGACCGAGGAACCAAGCUCACGUUCAGCGCGACCUGCCACCAGUACCGCAGGAAGGUGAACCACGCGGCCCUUCACCACGUCAGCUGGCUCUUCUUCUUCACCACCCCCAGCUGCACGAGGGGUAUGGAGUUCAUUCCCCAGGUAGUCAAGGUGCUCGACCUGGGGGGGACGACACUCACGUACGCCACGCGGCGCUGCCUGACUCUUGUCCAGCGCGACAGGUUCCGUGCCCUCGAGACGAUUCGCCGCGCGCCGCCCACCGUGCCGCCGAACCUCGUGGUCAAGAAGAACCACUAUCGCCUCCCCGACGUGCGUACCGUGGUGGACUAUAUCGACCUCGACGACGUCAGGGAUUGGCACUGGCGCGGGAUCAACCUCCAGUCCUGCCGCGAGCAGCACAUCCUCCACCUGCGCUGGGAGGAGGGCAAGACACCCGCGUUCCCGGAGCACCACUUCGCGCACUUCCCCAGCCGCCACAUCAAGUGCACGGUCGUGCUCUGGCCCACCCCGUACACCCCUUGGCCUCCGACAGCAACCGGCUCCGCGGCUCCCAUUCACAGUUACAUCGAGCACCUCUACCACCGCGUCAUUGGGCACAGUCUCACCAUCGUUGCGCCUGCCUCAGUGCCGAUCGGUAUCAACCUCACUGCCACCAACAUUCCGAUCGUUUACGUCGCGUAUGACGAUUGGUGCGAGACGUUGGGUCACGAGAAGGAUGUGUUGAGCGAGUGGAUCCGGUGGCCGGACUAUUGUGAGUUUCACCGGCGCAGUGUCAGUGUUGACCAGGAGAACUGA